AUGACCUUUGUGGAAGGGCUUUACGUGAGAAAAUACCCUUAUGAACACCAGCUGUGCCGUUUCUCGCGAGCGCUCUGCGUCUCAAGAGGAACGCGUUGCGGGCAAAGCGUGCGCAAUCGUCGCGCAUUUUCCCAGCUGACUUGUCUGUUCAGCGAUCUGUUGGACUGGAGUGAAACCGAAAAUAUCGUUGUGCACUGGGAAGCCGGUGAGCUUGCACGCGGCAGUUUUGGUGUAGUGUACGCUGGUGAACACCGCGGCACUGGGACCCCUGUGGUCAUCAAAGCCGCACCAGCCGAUGACGCCUUUGCGCGCUCCCUCCUCGAGACGGAGCGGUAUAUUAACCGCAAACUUAGAGACAAGGCUGCAUCGAAUGGGGUUGUAGAGUCGGUGGAGCCGUUUCGCUGGGCUCGUUACGUCGGCGAUGUGCGGCUGCCGAAUAUGUCGCCACCGACGGCGGUAGCCCGCCAGUGUGCACCGAUGGCCCUCGUCUGGCAGAAAGAGGGUUCGGGUGAGACGCUCGAGGACUUCUUAUCGGGAAAGCCUGCAGCGGCGCUUGCUCAAGCCCUCGGCACGAGCGAUACAUCGCCUGGGUCGGUGCGACUAUUCCGCUCCACUUUCCGGCGCGUCGUUGGUGAGCUUCUCAAGGCGCUGGUACAGCUCCAGGAAUGGGGUAUUAUGCAUCGAGACGUGAAACCGGCGAACAUCUUGGUCGUGCCCCGAGCAGCGGAUGAUGCGCCCCUGAAACUCAUUGACUUUGGUUCAGCUUGCGACUGGCGCUCCUUCUGGAAGCGUGGUUUCGAUCCGGAUCGAGCUACCUGUGACCCGCUCUAUGCGGCACCGGAGCUGUUUAUCUCUCCAUUGAGACCAGAUCGCUUCGAUGUUUUCUCUGUUGGCCUCAUUGGCCUGCGAGUCCUCGUGCCAACACUGCACAGUGAAGACCGCUUGCGAGAGUGCGUUACCCUACUGCGAACUCGUUACCAGUGGGACAUAGAGGCCUGGGUCGCGGACCAGGUAAAGAAAUCAGCGCGUAGCAGACCAGUGCUGCAAGCACUCAGCACCACAGACAACCUCGCUGAGCAGGUGGCACUCAUUGCCGAGGAUCCUGCGCUUUUGCAGCUUCUGCGUGCCAUGUUGCGGGAGAGUCCUUUCGCUAGAGUGAGUGCUGGUCGAGCGCUUGAGCUUUACAACUUUGAUGCCGCGCUAUACUAA